AAAAUGCAGGCAGCUAAACAGAUGAAAGAAGCAGAAAAAUUGGAAAAACAACGUCGAAGAGAAGAGCAAAAAUUGGAACGUCAACGUAAAAAAGAAGAGCGGAAGGCCGAAAAACAAAAAGAGAAACAAUUUCAACAAGUUAACAAAUUAAAAUAUGACAAGCUUGAAAUGACGCGAGAAAUGAUUGUCGAUAUAGAAAAUAGUUUAAUGGAGGGAUUACUUGGUUCUUUAAUACGUGACAAUUUAGAACCGAAAAAGAUGACAAUUAACACGUUUCAAUACAAUGUUCCUGGAAUUAUCAAGUUUCGAAGAAAGGUUACAGCUGAGUGGAAUGACGAAUUAGGCGCUUUUGUACCAAUCCCAGAAAAAAUUCAAGAAGAAGCUUAC